AUGCUCCAGAGCUACGCCGACAUCGACGAUCUCCUUGACGUUCUAUUCAGCAGAAACCUGAUGACCUGUCUUAUCAACCAGGCCGCACAAGAGGACCGCUUCCUGCACCGCGCAGCCCUCAAGACCUGCAAGGUUAUUGAGGAAACCUCUGCGGCGCACCCCGAAGCCACCGGUAUCAUCCUCGACAACCUGAUCAACAACAACGGACUGUACCGGUUCGAUGUCAUGACCAAGAGCAAGACUGUCGACAAGAUCCUUCAGCAUGUGAAAGCCGAGACAGGCGAGGAUGUCAUCCAGGUCCUGAGCGGGCCUGUCAUGAAGACCUCCACCACGUCAAAGGACAUCAAUGCGGUCAAGCUCGACCUCCGCGUCUACAUCGAAUACAUCUUCCGCCUUACCACCUCGGCCCCUGAGCCCGCUCUGCAGGAGCUGACCUCACUCGCAUACGCCAAGCCCAUCUGGAUCCCGGAGAACACAAACUCACUCGUGACGGAACUUAGCAGAAGCCGUCUCCAGUCUGCCUUUGCCAAGCUCUCCCGAAAGGCCGAGGACUCAAACUACCUCUGCACCGCGGUUCUGUCCAUCAACCCAGAGUACAUCCGCAUGGAAGGCGAGAUGAAGAAGGAAGUCAACUCGGCACGCAAGCGGUUGGAGAAGCUCAUGAAGAAGAGCACCUCCGCCGGCGAGAACGCCUCGGAUGAGGUCAAGAUCGCACAGGGUCUGGCUCUCCUCCACGCCAUCGCCAUCUUCCAGCUUUACAACGAGGAACCGGACGCGUUCCAGCUUCUGAGCGAUCUGAAGGAGUACCAGACUCGUCUGCAGACGGACGAGGAGGGUGCUGCGGAGUUCUUGGUUGAGAUUCUGCUGUCUCUCGUCUCACAGCAAUCGUCGCUCUUGCGAGAGAUUUCGCAACGGGUGUUUGGCAACUUCACCACUCGGGACGAAGACGAAGAAUCCGGGUCUGACGACGAAGCCGACGCUGAAGAGGGCAAGAACCUCGAGGCACUCGACGACGCACUCAGCAAGAUCCUCAACAGCCACCGGCUUGAUAAGGACCAGGAGGCCGAGACCUCGGACGACGACUCGGACAUGAGCGAUUCCGACAUGCUGGAGCUCGACAGCAAGCUGGCCGAGGUGUUCAAGCAGCGCGCCAAGGCGGCGCCGAGCAAGAAGAAGGAGCGCAAGGCCGCCAAGGAGUCCGUCGUCAACUUCAAGCGGCGCGUGCUGGACCUGCUCGAGGUUUACGUGAGGAACGAGGCGGCGAACCCGACGGCGCUCGCCGUCCUGCAGCCGCUGCUGCAGCUCGUCCGCACGUCGACCAUCAAGACACUGUCCGACCGGGCGUUUGAGCUGAUCAAGGACUACCAGAAGAAGCUGCGCAAGGCAAGGUCCGGGGUCGCCGGCGGCAAGAAGGAGGAGAAGAAGGUCGACAAGCAGGAGGCGCUCGAGGUCCUGAGGGGCGUGUACGAGGAGCUCAAGGCCGGCGAGACCAAGGCGCACGCCAAGGCGGCGGUGCCGGCGUGUUUGAUCGCGGCCUCGAGCGUGUUCUACGCCGGAAAGGGCGACCGCGCUGCUGUUGAUGCCGUGAUUGGGGACGCUGAGGAGGGCUCGGCGGUGCAGGAGGAGAUGAAGAAGGCUUGGGACGAGUGGUGCAGGAACCACGAGGCCCUGAAGAAGGCCGCCGCCGGUGGUGCUGGAAAGAACAAGUAA